AGUUUCCUCUUUAGUUACAGACACCACAAACCACAGAAGACACAAACAGAGCAGCUUUACCAGCCCUAACAGUCAUGAGUUCAGCUCUGUAUCUGAUCCUGCUUUUCUCAGCUCUGUGGACUCUCUCCUUCUGUGGGACUCGUCAGUUUCAUGUGGUGAAUGAAAAUAAGAACUGGACCGACGCUCAGAAAUACUGCAGAGAGAAAUACACUGACCUGGUCACCAUUAAGAGCCAAGAGGAAAUGAACGUCCUGAUAGCUUUUCUCAACGGGACAGCAGACCUUUCCUGGAUAGGACUGAGACAGAACAUUCAACAGAACACCACUAGCUGGAUCUGGUCAGAUGGGAGUAACUCUACAUACACAUACUGGAAAACUGGAGAGCCAGACAACCCUGUGGGUGAUAACUGUGUGACGUUAUGGAGAAGCCCUGAAUACACAUGGAAUGAUGCAGGCUGCAAAUGGUCAAAUCCAUUUAUCUGCUAUAAAGCUCACGGUCUUCCACUCAUCCUGAUUAAAGAGGAGAAGACGUGGUGGGAAGCUCUGAGAUACUGCAGAGAGAAUCAUGUGGAUCUGGUCUCUGUUCACACUGAGAAAAUUCAGCACUGGGUGGAAACAGAGAUUGAUUAUGGCUCCACUGCUAAUGUGUGGAUGGGUCUGCGUCACACCUGUGCUCAGAAAUUCUGGUUCUGGGUGAGUGGAUCGACUAUCUGCUACCAGAACUGGGCUCCGGGGAACGGGACAGGGGUGGAAGACUGCAGUGGAGGAGAAAGAUCAGGAGCGGUGCAGUCUGGGAGUAAGAAGUGGGUCAGUCUGCCAGAGAACCAGAGACUCAACUUCAUCUGCACCACCUCUGAGGAGCUUUAGAUAAGGAUUCAGGGAACCAUCAAUGAAGCUGGAUCUACGUGCUGUACUUCACAGUAGUGUGCCUCUUCAUUUCAUUACAAUUAUCAUGCUUUUACUGAAAUUGUCUAUUCUCUGUGAUGUUAGUACAUUCAUUAAAUCCAUUAGUAAUCCAUUAGAAUCCUUUCAAAAACAUUCCAAUAUUA